AUGCCUGCCCAGGACGAUGAUCCAUUGGCUUGGGAAUCUCGUUUCGACCGAAAACCCGUUUCCUCGAACCCCGUGAUCGCAGACCUCGAUAUCGAAUAUAGUGAAUUGGCUCAGUCAUGGAAGGCCUUUAUUCGUCAUGUCCCGACCGAGAAUCGUGUCAUAUGGGAGGAGCGACCACAGACGGCCACCGAUGUUCAGGCUUUGGUGCGCAACCUCCAUACCUUUUGGAUAUCCCAACCCCGCCAACGGCUGGCCGAUCUCUGUGACCGACUCCUUCCUACCAUCGAUUGUCAUGCUCGGAUACUUGCUGUCCUCCCCGAUGGUAAUCUUUACUAUACCCCGCUACUCUAUGGGGUGAUGCAGUCGGUAAUCAAGGCAUCGUCAAAUUACCCCCGGGUCCUCGAGGGCCUUCUUACCGCCUUAAAUAAUAUUACUAGUGCCAUCAAGGCCCCAGCGGAACUCAAUGCGUCCCACAGGGGGCCGGUCGCUGAAAUAUACACCCUGAUCUUCUUAUUUCUGAAUGAAUUCAUGGACUGGUAUGUGCGACGGUCCACCUGUCACCUAUUAAGGAGCCAUAGCCAGGAUGCCUAUGCCCACUUUCACCCCCUGGUCAAAUGCAUCCAGCGUCAGGCUCAAGACCUUUCCGGCCCCUCGGAUGCGAUGGAUGUCGACGAGAGUUGGGACUCCGCCUACAGUCCUCGCGCCCUAUGGGAGGAGUCUCAGCUCAGCCAGGUGGGACGGGAAGGAAAGCGCAGGCGACACGCCGCACAAAACACCAUGACCCGACGCUUGAUUUGGGAUAUCCAGGAAGAUGCCGAGAAACGUGAUCAGUUAAGAAAAACACGAGAUCAGCUGUUAGGGCAGAUGCUACAGAAUACAACGGAACAACUAGUCCCUGCAAAGGAGCAGAGCAACUGUAUUGUGUGCAUGACAACUGCUGCUCCGGACCUUGUAACACCCCUUGUCGAAUGGUCGCGGGGGUCCAAGCGUCGACUAGCCCGUCUUGAGCUGCAGAGUGAAUCCAAGCACCUUCAGCCCUUCUUUGAUAAUGAGGAUCAGAUUCCUCACUGCGAUCCCGACGUCAAGGCUGUGACUGAAGCUAGCGUGAUUUCCUCCCUCCAGAAAUGGGUCACUAGUCCCCGUUCCCAGGCCCUAGCCGUUGCUGGAUCCCAAACUACCGAGUCGCUAAGCCCCGUGUCCAUGAUCGCCGCAUCCUACGCCUUUUUUGCUCGGGAGGCCGGACUUCCGACUCUUUCCCACUUCUGCAAGCUGUCUUCCAAAGAAGUCUCUGGACAGACCCCUCACCAGCAAGGGCUGAUCGCCUUGACGUAUAGUCUCAUCCGACAGAUGAUUGAUAAUUUACCCACUGUGGUCGACAGUGACUCACUACUCGAUCUCACUGCAGAGCGGUUCCGUCCUAUUGACGGCACAUUGGGCAGCUGGACCGCCGCUCUAUCACUGGUAGACACCCUCCUUCAUUUCGCACCACCCUUAUUGGUAUGCGUCAUCGAUGGUAUUGACACAAUCCACGACGAAUCGACGGAUGUUGCCCUGCGGGAAUUGAUCCGUGUGCUACUCACGCACACCCGUCAUCAACCGCCUAGCGGCGACAGUCCCGGUCCAACGUUCUUGUUCAAGGUUUUAUUCACCGUCGCCGGGCGUCCUAGUGCAUUGGUCGAUACCAUGUCCGAGAACGAACUCGUUGUGAGCGAACCCACCCUGUCGGACGAGCCCUCGGCCGAAUCAGUCCUGACCUCUGACCUUGGUGCAGUCAUGAUGAAUGCAUAA